AUGGAGCAAAGAUCUUUUCAAGACGACCAGAAAGAGGUCGCAGAACCUGUACUAGGUGCUGGUGCUAAAAGGAGUGAUGACCCUCAGGAGAGAAAGGAAGAUGAGCGUCACUCUAUCAAUCUUCAAGAUCAUAGAGAAAAUUCUGAGAGACCAUUAACUUCUAAGAAACAUGAAGGUGGAUUUAAUCCUGUAAGACAAGAUUCUCAAAGGAUUAGUGAUAUCAAGUAUUCUGAAGAGAAAGAAAUUCAGAACCAAAUCAUCUCCCUGAAAUCAAGAUUUGUCCGAUAUGUUUAUUUGAUAGUUUUGUUCCAGGUUUCUGUGACAUUCUUCCUCAGCUACAUCUGUAGUGACAAUUACGACCUUUAUAAAGUGGUCAACAAUAUCUUAGUGAUAAUUCUCAGCUAUGUUGCUCUCCUUGCCUGCUUGCUAGUGUUCUUCAUGACAAAUAUAUCUCAAGUGUUUCCCUAUAAUUACAUUCUACUCCUAUUAUUCACUCUAUGUGAGUCAUUUGUGAUAGCUGGGUGGACUUCAGACAUGAAGACUGAUACAGUGAUCUUGUGCUGAGGAAUGUGCUUCUCUACAACGCUAAUCCUGACCUUCCAGAUUUUCACUAUGAAAGAGACCAGCAAGAGCAAAGGGCUCUUCCUAACUCUUGUCAUAGGAAUAGUAGUGCAGAUCAUAAUUGCGUUCUUUUUGAUCUCAAACACAUUCCUGAAGUUGCUCACCGUAGGACUGGGUGUCCUAGGGUACGGCUGCUUCUUGAUCUUGAACACUAACAAGAUCAGCAAUGAGCUGCCCUUGGAUGAGUACAUCCUUGGCAGCCUUCUGCUGUACAUUGAUAUCUUGACCUUGUUCGUGUACCUACUUAAGCAAUUUGGCAAAAAGAAGAGAUAAUUAUUUCAAAAUUCUACAUUGCUAAA